CAUGCUUUCCUGCUAAAAUUUUUUGCAAAAUUAAAUUUGAAAAAAUAAUAAUUUAAAAAUGUACUUAAAGCAUAAAAAUGUGACUUGCGGAACAUAAUAUUAGUGUCAAUAAUAAACGAAGAUUAAAAAUGCGUUUUUACAAUCAAAGUUUCAAUUAAAGAUUUGAAAAAAACAUCUGAGGGACGAAAACAGUUGAUUACGGUCUUACAUCUUUUUUUAAUUUCCGAAUCCAAUAUCCAAAAUGGCAGAUUCGAAUGUCCUACGUAAAUGCUAACAGAAAAGUGAAUUCAAGAAAAGUUAAUCGCGACAAUACAAUAAUGUGAAAGUUGGGAAAAAAAUGUGAAUUUGAUGUGUGACAGUAACGAAAUUAUAUAUUCUUUUUCAUAACAGUAAUUUUAUGUCUUUGGGAAAUCGAUCGUGUUGCCCGAAGCGCCGGAAUCAUCGAACCAUUAUCGCGGUCUCGACGUCUCGUUUUAGUUUGUCCUCUUUUUUUAUCUCUUAUAUUUGAGCGACAGUGAAGUGUUUUGUCUUUUUUUUCACGUUGAUGUAAUUGCAACAUGCAACCGCCCUUUUGGGAUAAAAAAAAAACUUUUUUUCUAGUAUCUCGAUGAAGUGAAUAAAACCAGAACAAUUUUUUUUUAAUAUUGGCCCUCAGUGAAAUAGUUUAAUAGUUCUACACAUGUAUAGUUAUUAUACAUAUAUUUAGGAAUAGGAAUUACGUUAAGGGAAAUAAUUGGAAAAGAGUUAAGAAGACUUUUUAUUGCAUUAUGGCAUCUUCCACUGUUGCUGUUCCUUCGGGUACGUCGUCAGUUUCCCCUCAAGGAUUCAGUCAGGGUUCCGAUAAUGUUGAUGGCGGAGAUAUUUUCACCGAAAGAGGCAUCAGUUCCGUCGCCAGUUUCUCUAGUGGCAAACCUUCGGGAGCAUUGGAAGAAAUGUCGAGCGAGUCUGGACAGCUUGAAGAGGAAAAAUGUCCAUUGUGUUCCAACAAAGUUUGCUUACCCCGUGUGCUCACAUGUCUUCACGUUUUUUGCGAAGCUUGUCUUGACAAAAUUUUAAUUGACGAGGCCGGUGACUCGAAAGUUGGAUCAAUUUUGAAAUGUCCACUUUGUCAACAAGAAACAGCAGUUGGAUCAAAAGGCGCAGCAUCAUUGCCCAGUGACUAUGUUCUCACAAAUAUUCUCGAUAUGUCAGCUAUUGAAAAUAUGUCAGUGCUUUGCACAUCAUGUAAAGCCAUGGAAAAUGCAGUAGCACGUUGCUCAGAUUGCGCAAAUUUCUUGUGUCCAAAUUGCAAUACCGCACAUCAAUUUAUGCGAUGCUUUGAAAGUCAUAAAGUUGUUUCAUUCGAAGAUUUGAAAAAAUCAAAUGAUUUGAUUCCAAUUCACAAGCCUAUUUUCUGUGAAAAUCAUCCCACUGAAAAUAUGAAAUUCUUUUGCAAUACGUGCCAGGAGCCGAUAUGCAAUGAAUGUUUGUUACUGGAGCACAAAACACCAGAUCAUCAAUAUGAACGUUUAAUUGACGCAGAACCACGAUUAAAAGAGGAUUUGUUAAAUUUAUUAAACGAAACUAAAGCUAAAAUGGCGGAUUGUGGACAAACAACGAAUCAGCUGGAAAAUUCACUCAGCGAACUACAAGCUCAACGUGAUCAAGCCAAGGACUUGAUAAAUGAAAGCUUUCAAAGUUAUAAAGCAGUUUUGGAAAAAUUACGCGAUCUCUCAUUAUCAGAACUUGAAUUGUUACACUCCGAUAGGGAACUUGAAAUAAUGGACUCUUUUAACAGUGUGGAUAAAACCUUGGAAAAAAUAGACGCCGCCUAUUGUUUUACGUCAAGACUUCUUGAACAUGGAGAUGCUGUGGAGAUUUUAUCUCUCCGACGGCUUGCAAAUAAUCAAUUAAUAAGUUUAAUAAGAAACACACCAAAGCCCAACGUUUCGUUCUCCAUCGAAUUUCAAACGGAUUUUGAUCAUUUUGAAAAGACUGUUAAAGAAGCAUUCGGCUCGUUUCGUACGGAGAGUACAGUAUCGAAUGCUGCCUUGGAAAACGCAGCGAAUGUUCCAGGAUCGAUGAUACCACAAAUGGCUCAUUCAUCAAUUGGUUGUCCAAGCUCGAUUAGCACGACUUCACCGAUCUCAUUACCAACUUCAAUGCAAUCUUCCUUUGAAGGUGAACCUUCCUUUACAGUACCUCCACCAUCUAGUCCACAAAAUGUUCCUCCUCCACAACCUCCCGUUACAAUUUCUCCAGGUCCAAUUCAUGGUUUCACCAGUAUUCAAGAAUAUAAUCUUCAACAAUUGGCAAGUCUCGCUGAGAAAGUUGACAUUGUAGGCGACACUGGUGUCGUUGGCUCAAAUUCUAAUCCAAGCCCCACUCCGUCCUUUAAUAUUGCUGACCUCUUCACUGGCGAUCAUGCCAUUAAUAAUCUUCAAGCUCUCGCCAAAUUAGGAAAUAAUCUUGGAAAUCAUGAUGUGAGUAAUGCGACGUUAAAUGGCGGCAGUCAUUUUAUAAUAGGACGUGGACAGUCACCGGGAAUGGUUGAUGCACAGAAUUUAGGAACACUUGGAGUUAAUGGAAUGUUAAAUGGUGGAUAUCAACCAUUGUCAACUUCUACCUCACCAAUAAUGCCACCAACUCCAGGAGAUGAUCUUGGAGAUUCAGUGCACAAUAUACCUGUAAUGUUAGGAAGUUCAGUGGGAAGUGUUUCCGGUUCAGGAAAUGGAAAUUUUGCACACAUUCGUUCAUCGAACGGAAAACCCACGCCAAUGCAAAUACGUUGUAAAUUUGGUCAGCUCGGACCCAGUAAAGGUCAAUUUAAUUCUCCCCAUGGCUUUUGCCUGGGAACAGAUGAGGAUAUAAUUGUUGCCGAUACAAAUAACCAUAGAAUUCAGGUAUUUGAAAAGUCAGGAGCCUUCAAAUUUCAAUUUGGAAUACCGGGUAAAGAAGAAGGACAAUUGUGGUAUCCGAGAAAAGUGGCGGUAAUGAGAAACAGUGGAAAAUUCGUUGUUUGUGAUAGGGGAAAUGAACGUUCUAGAAUGCAAAUAUUUACAAAAAAUGGACAUUUCAUUAAAAAAAUUGCUAUUCGAUACAUCGAUAUUGUUGCUGGAUUGGCAGUUACUGGUCAAGGACAUAUUGUGGCGGUCGAUAGUGUCUCGCCAACUGUUUUUGUUAUUAGUGAUGCUGGAGGUCUUUUAAGAUGGUUCGACUGCAGUGACUAUAUGAGAGAACCAAGUGAUAUUGCCAUCAGCGGGAAAGAAUAUUUUGUUUGCGACUUUAAAGGCCAUUGUGUAGUUGUAUUCAAUGAAGAUGGACAAUUUUUACGACGCAUUGGCUGUGAAAAUAUAACAAACUUCCCGAAUGGAAUAGAUAUCAGCGACGCAGGUGAUGUUCUGAUUGGAGAUUCGCACGGCAAUCGUUUUCAUGUUGCUGUUUUCUCUAGAGAUGGUUCCUUAAUUUCUGAAUUUGAAUGCCCUUACGUUAAAGUGUCACGUUGUUGUGGAUUAAAAAUCACCUCCGAGGGCUACAUCGUGACAUUAGCAAAGAACAAUCAUCAUGUCCUGGUCCUCAACACACUUUACAUUGUAUGAGGUGCAACCAGACGGACUCUAUCUUCCCAAAUGUGAAAAUCCUCCCGGAAUUGGUUUACCAUCAACGAAAGGUAAAAGGGUAUGUCAUUUGGCCUUAGGUCAUUCGAUUUUUGGGCCUAUCAAUAUAUUAUUUUAAAAAAAGCGCGACAUUAUCUUCAACGGUUAGGCAACCUUAUUUUAUUGAAAGUAUAAAACUUUGUCUAGCAAAGAAAAAAGGGCAAAUUUGAACAUCCGACCAAAUGCUAUUUUUUAAUAGCAACUCGUGCAGCUCCUAUCGGACAUACUGCCAUACUAAAUUUAUUUAAAGAAAAAAAAAAACUUCAAACCAAAGGUUACCAUUUUGGUAGAUUCAAAACAAAAAAAUAUAUAUAUAUAUACACAUUCUUAGGAAACGUUUAAAACGAUUCUACUUUAAGAAUCUUUCUAAUAUUAACUUGCUGCAAGUACGAAUUUUAAAAUUCGAUCAGUAUUUUAGAUUUUUUUUCGCAUAUUUUAUCCUCACCAUUUAGAAGAAUUCUAAAUAUUACAAGUCGAAUUUUUACAAAAAAAAAAAAAAACGUAUUUUAUUCCUAAAAAAAGUCUUUAUUCUUAAAGAAAGCCUCUUUCUUAAAUCCCAUUAUUAAAAGAGCUUUUAUUCUAAAAAAAACAAUUUUAUUCUGAUGUAUUUAUUCUUAAACGUCAUUUUUCUGAAAUAUCUUUAUCGCUUUAUCACAUUCCAAAAAAAAAAAAGGAACAAAAGCAAUUUGAAGCAUCUCUUCACUCCUUUUCUCUUAAAAACAAAAAAAAAGGGAUCUUGAAAAUCAAACCUUAACCAAUUACAACAACCAUUGAAUCCUAUUGUCGUAAAGAGACGCGAAAAGGUCACAAUAUUUACUCAGGAUGCUUUAUUAUGGUCCACCGUGAAAAAAAAAUACAUACGCAUAUGAAUUAUUUAUUCAUAGCGCUAUUUCCCGAUUACCUUGUAAAUGUAUUUGUUAUGAAAUUACAACAGGUGCUCUCUCUCACAUUUCUACAAUGAGGAGGUCCACUAUGUUACUAUAUAUUAAAAAAAAAAAAAAAAAAAAAAACAUUUUCAAAAGAAAAAAAAUAUAUUAUAUACACAUAUAUUAUAUAUACAUACACAUAUUAAUGGAAUCAUACGGAGUGUACUUUGUCUAUGUAAAAAUAAUGUUUGCUAAACAACUUCUAUUUAUGUAAAUACUGACAUAUUUCGUAAAAACAAAUAAUAAAUUAAAACUAAAGAUCCGUAUGAGACAAAAAUAUAGAAGAUACGCAUAUUUUGUAGGGUCGUUUACAUCAGUAGUUAUAAAAUUAUUUCAAACUGAAAAAACAAAAAAAAAAAAAAAGAAAAAAAAAUAGACGCAAUAUGCAAGCGACACGUAUGCUCGUCAUUUGGUAGUUCGGUAUACGAGUAUCUUCAUAUCUCAAUUUAAUAGUAUCGGACAAAAAAAAAUAUUCUGACCGACAUACUCUUGCCAUACCAAAUGCUAUAUAAUAUAUUUAGCACGUUACGCGUGUACUAUAUGUAUAUGUAUAUUAUACAAUACAUAUACAUAUAUUAAAAAGAAAAAAAAUUUUAAUAGCUUAAUCGGGCUUUAAUCGCAUACCGAGUCGGAUUUUAAUUGAAACAUCUUUACAAAUCGACGAAUAUUAGUGUUGAUUGCAAUGCUUUUAAUUAGGCGAGGUAAUAAUUGAAAAAAAAACAAGUAAAUAAAAUAACUAUCGAUUAAUAAUCAUAGGGAAAAAAAAAGGGAUGCGAGAUAUUAGGCCAUGUGCCUCGGUACAUGACAAAUUAGCAAAUCUCGCGAUGCCUAUCUAUACUCCUAAGUUAACCAAUAAUCGUCUAAAUAUCACUAGUGGUCUUGAUUUUACGUUUGAAGUAAGAAAAAUUUUUUUUUUUUUAAACAAUAAAAAAAACAGUAAUCUGAUUAAAAAAAAAAACAUUUAAAAAAAAAAUAAAAAAAAAAAUAACGUGUACGAAAAAAAUUUUAAUAGAUGUGGUUUAGCAGAGUUUUAUGAAUAAUGCCUGUGAUAAUAGAAUCGUCAUCAUAAGUUGUAUUCUUCGAGAGUCUCUGAUGUUGUUACUAGUUAAAGAUAAUUAGAACUAUCUAAUCCAAUACAGGUGUUGCCUCUUGCAAAAAAAAAAAAGUGUGUUUUGUCAGAUGCACAACGACCUGAACACGCAUCGUCUUCGAAUGGCACACAAGUGGAAACAGUAUUUAAAAAAAAAAAAUUAUUACAAGGAAUAAUUAUUAACGAAGAAAAACAAUAAUUAUUGUUGAAAAUUGAAAUAAUUAUUAACGAAAAAAAUAAUUAUUUUAAAAAUUCAAUAAUAUUGACAAAUUUUUUUCCCAUAAUAAUAAUUAUUGAAAAAUUGACUAGAAAAAAGAAAUAAUAAUUAUUAUCAAAAAAAACAACAAUAAUUAUUAAUAAUAAAAGAAAGAACCAACGAAUUGGAGUUAAAAAAAAAAAGGAAAAAAAUAGUUAAUAAUUAUUAAAAAUUAUUGAAAACAUUAUUAAAAUUUAAAAAAAAAUUUAUUGAAAAAUAAUAAUUAAACGAAGAGAAACUUUUCCAGCCAAUUUAUGAACAACUCAUAGUGUAUCACGUGCAGAAGAUAAAAUAAAAAGGAGAUGAGGAGAUAAAAAAAAAAAAAAAAAAAAAAAUGAGGGUCUUUUACCUCUCAUAAUUACGUUAUGCUCAUCCUAGACAUACUUGAAUAUUUUAGUAUAGAUAUACUCUAUUUACAUAUUUUUAUCUGUGGAGAAUUACUUGGCUAAUUUUAGGCCACUGUUGAAAUUCACCUCUUUUUUGCCUUGAUAUUUAAAUUUCAAUAAUAUUUAGAACGAAAAAAAAAACUAUGUCAAAGAAAAGAACGGUAGAGAGAGAGAGAGA